CACUUCCGGUUGUUGCCGGGCCCUAUAUCCGGUGUCCGCCCGCCCUCCAUCCCGCUCCCUCCGCGAUGCUCUCCCGGUCUCGCUGCGUGUCCCGGGCGUUUAGCCGCUCGCUUUCUGCCUUCCAGAAGGGGAACUGCCCUCUAGGGAGACGUUCCCUGCCUGGGGUCUCCUUAUGUCAGGGACCAUGUUACCCUUACAGCAAGAGGAUGGUCAUUAACAACAGUAAUGUCUUCAGUGUUCGCUUUUUCCAAACCACGGCUGUGUGCAAGAAUGAUGUGAUUACAGUCCAAACCCCAGCGUUUGCAGAAUCAGUUACAGAGGGAGAUGUCAGGUGGGAGAAAGCUGUUGGAGAUACAGUUGCAGAAGAUGAAGUGGUUUGUGAGAUUGAAACUGACAAGACUUCCGUGCAGGUUCCGUCACCAGCACAUGGCGUCAUUGAAGCUCUUUUGGUACCUGAUGGUGGCAAAGUUGAAGGAGGAACUCCACUUUUCACACUCAGGAAAACAGGUGCUGCUCCUGCUAAGGCCAAGCCAGCAGAAGCUCCUGCUGCACCCCCAAAAGCAGAGCCAGAAGCACGGGCAGCCCCUCCUCCCCCUGUAGCAGCUGUCCCCACUCAGAUGCCGCCAGUGCCCUCCCCCUCACAACUUCCUUCCAGCAAGCCAGUUUCUGCAAUAAAACCUGCCGCUGCCCCUCCACUGGUUGAGCUGGGAGCUGCUAAAGGUGUGCGUUCAGAACAUCGGGAAAAAAUGAACAGGAUGCGACAGCGCAUUGCUCAGCGUCUGAAGGAGGCCCAGAAUACAUGUGCAAUGCUGACUACUUUUAAUGAGGUUGACAUGAGUAACAUCCAAGAGAUGAGAGCUCGGCACAAAGAUGCUUUCCUGAAGAAACAUAACCUCAAACUAGGCUUCAUGUCAGCGUUUGUGAAGGCCUCAGCCUUUGCCUUGCAGGAGCAGCCUGUUGUAAAUGCAGUGAUUGAUGAUGCAGCCAAAGAAGUGGUGUAUAGAGAUUAUAUUGACAUCAGUGUUGCGGUUGCUACCCCAAGGGGUCUCGUGGUUCCUGUCAUCAGAAAUGUGGAAACUAUGAAUUAUGCAGAUAUUGAACGGACCAUCAGUGAACUAGGAGAGAAGGCCCGAAAGAACGAACUUGCCAUUGAAGAUAUGGAUGGUGGUACUUUCACCAUUAGCAAUGGAGGAGUUUUUGGAUCACUUUUUGGAACACCCAUUAUCAACCCCCCUCAGUCUGCCAUUCUGGGCAUGCAUGGCAUCUUUGACAGGCCUGUGGCUGUGGGAGGCAAGGUGGAAGUGCGACCUAUGAUGUAUGUAGCCCUGACCUAUGACCACCGGCUGAUUGAUGGCAGAGAGGCUGUGACUUUCCUCCGGAAAAUCAAGGCAGCAGUAGAGGAUCCAAGAGUCCUCCUCCUAGACCUUUAGGAGGAAGCCACACCCCCUACCUAUUGAUCAUGCAGGAACUGAAAACCAGUCUUCUCCCUGUCCCCUCAUCAGUCCCAGGUUAGCCUGAUGACAGGCAGGCACCAUACUGUUGGCCUCAAGCAAGGAAGCCAGGGCACUAUGUAACCAGCUUUCACAGGUCUUUUCUUAGUGUUCCUUCCAGACUCUUCCUCUCUCUCUCUGCGUCCCUCUCUUGCCUUCUGAUAUCUUGGGCCUGAGAGAGGGAGAGAGGGAGAGUCUUAAUGGAUGCUCAUUAAUAUUCCUGCCUUUCUUCCAGCCCUCUGCAAAGACAGUUUCGCUUCUCCCCGGUAACAGUAUACUACAGGGAUACCACCAGGGACCAUGUGAUUGAGUUUCUAUCUUUGGAAAGUGUUCUCCAGUGAUGCCUGGGGGUGCUCUGCCUCCCAGGCUCGAAGCCUCUGUCCCGGCUGUGCACAUUCCCAUGGGAUGCCACCUGUGUGGAGGUGUUGGACCCAGGCCAAGAGGCGCUGCUUGGCUUCUUAACUCACCACCGUUCUGAGCUGUCUGUCAGUGGCUUCAUGGUGCCUCUCUACCUCUUCCGGGAAGCACAGGCCAGGGGACUCGGGGAUAGGCAGGAUGGUGCAGAGUCCCCUGAGGUUUCCUGUUAUAAUCACAGAUGGGAGUAGAACCCUGGCUUGCCCUCACAGACUCCAUUGUAAGCUCACUGGGAAGAUUGAUUUUGACAUAAUCCUAUACAACUGUGGUCAUACCAACCCUUCCCAGGGUUCUAGGAAUCUAUCUAGGACAUGGUUCUCAUUUAGACCAGAUUUUAGCACAUCAUGGCAGUCGGACAGAGCCUGGUGAAGGGACUGACUCUGACCAGAUCAGGUUGUCUAGAGCUCUUAAAUUCAAGAUGGUAUCAGCAUGUGAUGGGAAGGGGCUGUUCUGUCCCUUUCUGGGUGUGACCUGUGGGAAGCAAGCAAGGCCUUGGUACCUCUGGCUGGACACAGAUACAGGGGGAGGAUGGACUGGUGGGAACCAGCCUCAGGAGUUAGUGCAUAGUGAUGAAAUGGAGGAUGUCAUCUCUAAGGCACUGCCCUUUGAGUCCAGGCACAAUCAUUGGGAUUUCUUGACGCAUGGUAAAAUGCAAGUAACUAGGUGUGAAAGCUCCUAGGCUUUGUAUCCAGCUGCACUGAGGCCUGAGACUGCUGGCAUUUCAUGGGGCCAUUAGUGCUAACUGUAAUCCAGGACAAGCUGGGGGGAGGGAAAGGCCAGUACUGAGUGCCUGCAGCAUCUGCUACUCCAUCUUCACCAUUCAGAACUUGUAACUAAGGUAUUUAAAGAGACUGAUUUUGAAUGAAAAUUAAAGGGCAAAUGUUCUCAAACAGGG